GGCUAUGCAUCAGAUCCUUGAUGGAGGUAUAGAGGAGCGCCAGUGAGGAAUUAACAUGGAUAAUUUGGACAAGGCAAAGGAUCUGUACUACAUAGAUGUCUAUAUGCAGGUAGAAAUCUAGAAGAGAGAAGACCAGACAAAUUUUGACUGAAUAUAAUACAGUUGUUGAUUCAACCUUGCUUGGUCCAGUCGAGGAAUUAUUUUUUUAACCAAAACUGGACAUGGGGUCACCACAGUAGACACUGAUAGAGAAAGACGUUGGAAUUUUUCUUUCAUGUAAUAAAAGUGACAUAAUUUAUCCCUGGAAAUGUCCGGACCUGAAGUCUUUCUUGAGCACACCUCGGCACUGCAGGAGUUUGCUAUCAGAGAUUUAGAAAAUAGUUUGUCAAGUUGAAAGACAGUGUCCUCACUCACUGUGCCACACUGAUGUUGGAGAAAUAUGGGAUCAUGGCUGUGUGGCGGACCUUACCUCUGAUGAUAAGCACUACAAGCCACAGGCAGUGCUGUAGUCACUGAAGCUUCUAGCAGUGUCAGUGGUAUACUUAUCAUCUCUGUGGAUUACCAUUGUCAUGCCUGCUCUUCCACCUAUUGCCCAUUAAUGAUAUUUCUUGGAUUUACCAAAAUUUCAUAAGGAGUUAUGACGAAAUGACUUUACAAUCAGCUGCCAUCUUCAAUCUGUGUUUAUAAAGACUAUAAAUCUCUAAUUUAAUGCAGGAGCCAAACGUCAUAUAGUACUGUCUAUGUUGGCUUUUAAACAUUAGCGUCUGACAUCUGACCUUUCAACUGGGAACCUGCAAUGAACUGCACUCCUAAUGCCACCAUUACGCCACAGCUGGGACUUGUCCUGAGCCCGGAAUCUGGAGAUGGAGGGUCCCAGCAGAGUGCUGGUGGCGGUGGAGGCAGCGGGGUCCUUUGGGUAACAUCUCUGCUUGGUGUCACACUGAUGAUCAUGUGUGCCAUGGGUGUGGCAGGCAACACGUACACACUCAUAAUUACUCGUUCAGCAGCUUUGCGCCGGACAGGUUCCAUGUACGUUUACAUUAUCAAUUUGGCUCUGGCAGACUUGCUCUACCUCUCCACCAUCCCCUUCGUGGUGUGCACAUACUUCGCCCAUGACUGGCUGUUUGGUGAGGUUGGUUGUCGCAUCCUGCUAAGUCUCGACCUCCUCACCAUGCAUGCCAGUGUCUUCAUUUUAGUUGCUAUGAGCCUGGAACGCUACCGUGCCGUGGCUAGGCCCUUCAGCGCACACAGGUCCUCGUCCCGCAAACGAAAGCUAGCAGCAGCAAUUAUCUGGGGGUUAGCUUUCGUGGUAACGCUUCCCAUGAUGGUGAUGAUCCGACUCAGGGAGGGCAAAGUAACAACGGUUGGUUUAGUUAAGAGGAUCUGCUUCCCUACUUGGACCCCUGAGGCAUUCAAGGCUUAUAUCACUGUCCUGUUUCUUACAAGUGUUUUAGUUCCUGGAUUGGUAAUUGUUGGACUCUAUGUUGGACUAGCCAGGCGCUACUGUGCUGUGCAGGCUAGCUUACGAGGUAGCGGCCGAUCUUCCCGGAGGAGAGGACUCAAGCAAAAAGUCGUAUCAAUGAUCUUUAGCAUUGUAUUGGCCUACUGGGGUUGUUUCUUGCCUUUCUGGGGAUGGCAGCUAGCCAAACUAUUCUCUCCAGAGUCCCUCAAAGCUUUGUCUCCCGCUGCUCAUAAUUAUGUGAAUUUUUUUGUCACGUGUCUGACCUAUGGGAACAGCUGCAUCAAUCCAUUUCUUUACACUCUUCUGACCCGGAACUAUAAAGAUUACUUGGCCCAAAAAGGUCAGUCUGUGGGAUCAAGCAGGACUGACCCCGGUUCCGCUGUGACUACGCCAGACCUUUAGACAAUGAAUAAAUGGUUACAGAACAUAGACACUGAAGCGGGACUUUUUUUUUGACCCCUUAUAAUUUUCAUUCUUGUAAUUUUGUACAAUGUUGGAAAUUGUCGUAGUUGUGAGAUGCUUGUAAUAAUUUUUCACAUUCUUCAAACUUUGUAAAUGCUGUGAUGCUACACAUUUCCGGCUCUGUUGAGAGGAGUAACCAGAGUGUAGGGGUGCAGAAAAAUUCAGCACAGCAGGUGAAUGUUUGCUAAUGUGAAAAACUGACCCCAAGUUUUCUGGUUUGGCACAAAUGACAAAAUAUUUGAUUUGUCUUGUUUAUUAUAUAAUCUAACACUUAUCCCCACAUGUACAAAUUCUGCCUAUCUAACAAUCUCCAAUUAUGUCGCCUCGACACUGAUGACAUCAUUCUGACAAAUAAGCCUACACAUUUGAUGGGAUCUUUAAGCUACUGAUAUCUGGGUAAAAAUGUGUUAUUUUCUAAGCUACAAAGGGUUGAAUUACAUUGAAAAAUUCAGUAGUUUUGAAAAUAUUUUAGAAGAAAUACUGAAGAACUUGUCAAUUAAAUAUUUGAAAUUAGUAGGACAAUGGUUGGACAAAUAGUUGGACAAUGGAAUCAAAUGUAAAUAACUGCUUAAUUUCUUUACACACACACACACACACACACACACACACAUGAACAUACACAUGUAAAGGAUAUUUCAUCUCCUUCCAGGGAAUGUGGUUGCAUCGUGCCACAUUCCUCAGCCUUAGGCCAUGCCUUCUUUGAGUCCUCCUGCAAAUUGACUCUGUAAGAAUAUGCUUCAUCUCACCUCUGUCAUAUAUUGUCCCUCCUGUUUUAUCCUCUAUUAUCUUCUCUAUCCUUCCAGUACAGUCACAUAUCUGCCGCAUUCACACUGCAAUCUCACUGCUAAUUAUCAAUUCUUAUUUACAGCGCCGUUCUAAUUAUUACCAUAAACAUUAACAUUAAUAUGACCAAUGUCUAAUUCCAAGUCACCCUUAUGAACAGACUUGCAUUUAAUGCCACAGACAUUCAGAUGUAUGUAGAAUAAUACAAUAAUACAAUUGACUUUACAUUUAUUAAUUCACCACCUAUGUUCAUCAUGCAGCUUCAUUGGCUUUUAUUUUGUUUUAAUAGUGACCUAAAUUAGAAAGCUCUUCAAGUGAAAUAUUGAUAUUUGUCAAUGAAUUGAUUUAGAUAUUAGUUUAGAUGUUAUUUAUGUUUUAGAUUGUAUUAUUACUAUUGUACCUUUAUAUAACCAGAAAAAAACUAAUUGAGAAUAAAAAUAAAAAGGCAGCAGCAUACAUUACA